CCGCGCCCUGCCCCCCCGGGGUGGCCGGCCGGGCCAUCGGGGGAGGGGGGCCAUGGCGCGGGGUUCCGUCGCGCGCGGCGCCGUCGCGGCGGCCACCGCGGCGGAGGUGGCGGCGGCGGCGGCGUGCAAGAAGGACCUCGCCGCGGUGGAGCCGCACGUGCUCGGCGUGCCGAUGAAGUGGGUCUCGCUGGUGUCGCUGACGCUGCAGCGCCGGAGGCACGCAGGGCCGGCACCGCCACCCGCCUCCGUGGCUCGCCUCUCCACUGGGCCAAGAGGGCCCCGGCGAGGUCUCCGCAGGCUGGCGGGACCUUCGGCUGAUGGCCCGGCCGGGGAGGCCCAAGAGCGUGCGAGCGGGCGCGCGGCCCGGCGACGGCGGGCGUCGCCGGCGCUGCAGCGUCGGAGGCCCGGGAGGGGUCGGCACC